AUGGCGUGUGCAGGGCCAGCCGGUGGGCGGCAGCGGGUGAGCAUGCAGGAACACAUGGCCAUCGACGUGAGCCCCGGGCCCAUACAGCCCAUCCACCUCAUUUCUGACUACUUCCCACACUUCUACCCCUUCCUGGAGCCGGUGCUGUGCGCACCAGACCCGCAGGUGGCCCCGGCCAUCCACUCUGCACCCCAGCUGCAGCCCAACCCAGAGCCAGAAGGAGACUCAGAUGACAGCACUGCCCUGGGUACCCUGGAGUUCACGCUUCUCUUUGAUGUAGACAACAGCACCCUACACUGCACAGCCCAUCGUGCUAAGGGCCUCAAGCCACCAGCCUCGGGCUCUGUGGACACCUAUGUCAAAGCCAACUUGCUGCCAGGGUCCAGCAAGGCCAGUCAGCUUCGGACUCGCACUGUUCGAGGCACGAGGGGACCCGUCUGGGAGGAGACACUCACCUAUCAUGGCUUCACUCACCAGGAUGCUGGACGGAAGACCCUGAGGUUAUGUGUAUGUGAAGAUUCACGGCUGCGGCGCCGGCGGCGAGCACCCCCUUUAGGGGAGCUACGCGUGCCCCUGAGGAAGCUGGUGCCAAACCGAGCCAGGAGCUUUGACAUCUGCCUGGAGAAGCGGAGGCUGACCAAGAGGCCCAAGAGCCUGGACACAGCCCGCGGCAUGUCUCUGUACGAGGAGGAGGAAAUGGAGGCAGAGGUGUCUGGGGAGGAACGUGGGCGCAUCCUUCUGUCCUUGUGCUACAGCUCCCAGCGCGGUGGCCUGCUGGUGGGUGUGCUGCGCUGCGCCCACCUGGCCCCCAUGGAUGCCAAUGGCUACUCGGACCCCUUUGUCCGCCUUUUCCUGCAUCCAAGUUCUGGGAAGAAAUCCAAAUAUAAGACCAGUGUUCGGAGAAAGACCCUGAACCCCGAGUUCAAUGAGGAAUUCUUUUACGCAGGUCAUCGGGAGGAGUUGGCCCAGAAAGCACUGCUGGUCUCCGUGUGGGACUACGACCUGGGCACAGCUGAUGACUUCAUCGGUGGGGUGCAGCUGAGCAGCAGAGCCAGUGGGGAACGCCUUCGCCACUGGCGCGAGUGCCUGGGCCGCAGUGACCGCCGGCUGGAACUGUGGCACCUGCUGGACAGUGUGCCCCCCCAACUUGGCGACUAGCCAGCACAGGCCCUGCUCGCAGCCUGUUCAGGGGCCAAGACAUCUGCUGCAGCUGCAAAGAGCUGUAGGUUGGCCCCUACCUGCUGUGCCCAUUCCUGUCUCCUUUCAGUCACCCCACCCCCAAACACUACGCAAAACAAACAUCUGCUUCUGCCAGCCAGGAGCCUGUCCUUUCUCUAGGAACAUCUGCCUCUUCUCUGCCCUCGCCUCACAGGGCAGAGCAGGCCCAUAUUCUGUUUCCCACCCCUUAGAGCAGUGGUUCUCAACCUUCCUAAUUAUGCAAUCCUCCCAAACAGUUCCUCAUGG